AUGUCUAGAUCCAGCCGUGAUGACGAUGAUGUCGCAUUGAGCAGCUUCCGCAUAGGUCGCUGCCCUCACAUUAGUGUCUUCCUUCUGGCUGAAAGCCACGUCGGCGAGGUCCCGGACCUGGCUGUCUCUACGGCUGACAUCAGUAUCAACCAGAAGUACUUCGUUGGCAAUAGAUGUAAGGAUAAUGGCGUUCGCCACAGCCCCCCCGACUUGGCCAACGCCCACGAUAGCGAUCUUGGAAUAGUGUUGUAA